AUGUAUGUUUUAGAAGAGCAAAGAUACAUUCAUGAAGAUCUUGAACGCCUGGAACAAGGCAUCGCUGAUCGCGUUCGCGAGGAGCCAAAGCCUAUUCGCGACCGACUAAACCGAGACCAUGAAAUUGCCCAACUCCUCGACCAGAUCCAGAGACAGUCAAGUAGCCUGUUGAACCUGUACAAAGACGAGAACGGAACCCGAGCAGGAGAACUCCAAGAACUCAACACUGGCGAUCCCUUUGAUGCAUUUUACAAACAACUUGGCGACAUUCGUGAGCACCAUGCCAGAUAUCCCAACGAGCAAGCGGAAAACUCGGAACAAAGAUAUAAGCAAAAGAGAGGCGACCCGUCCGCGCCUGUCGCGACGGUUGUGGACACAAUUUUCUCCGGAGAAGAAGCAUUUGGGCGAUUCUUCGACUUGCAUACAUGUUAUGACUCAUUUUCAAAUCUACCCAACGUCAAGCGACUUACAUAUUUGCAAUAUUUGGAGUAUUUUGACAAUUUUGCUGCUGGGUAUGGUGGAGUCAAACGAGGCGACAAGAUGACGGAUCAGUAUUUCAACUAUGUUGGAGAACUUGCGCAAUACCUCGAAGAUUUCAUGCGAAAAACGCGCCCUCUAGAGAAUCCGGACAACAUUUUAUCAGGCUUUGACGAAGAGUUCGGCAAGCUUUGGGAGAAGGAUGAGAUUGAGGGCUGGCAGAUCGAGUCAGCAACAAACGGCUCAAAAGCGACUCUGACCGACGCCGAGGCUAUCUGGUGCGAGGACUGCGAGAAGGAGUUUAAAAACGAAAACGUGUACAAGAACCACCUAACUGGGCGAAAACACAUCAAGGCAGCUGAGCAACGUAAACAACGGCAGCAAGAUGCUGCGGCGGGGUCAGCAGAUUCGAAAUCAGUUGUCGUUUCAUCGGCAAGAUUAAAGGAGAGGGCCAUUGCCGAGCGUGAAUACCGAGUCAAAAAGAUGGCUAGCUUGAUGAAUACGGAACGAAGCGAUACCCGCGUCAACGUCGAACGAAAACAAGGCAUGACAAAACGCGAACGAGAACAGGAACUUGAAAAUCUUCUCAACGCUUCCGACACGCCACGAGAAGCCGCUGAAGACGGUGAAGGAGAGGGCGACGACGACGAAGACAAGAUCUACAACCCUCUCAAAGUUCCAUUAGGCUGGGACGGCAAGCCGAUCCCCUUUUGGCUGUACCGACUGCACGGGUUGGGCGUAGAGUUUCCCUGCGAGAUUUGCGGCAACUACGUGUACAAGGGCCGACGAGCAUUCGAGAAGCAUUUCAACGAGUCUCGCCAUAUUUACAACCUCAAAUGUCUCGGCAUUACCAAUCCGACCCUAUUCCGGGACAUCACCAAGAUGGACGAGGCCGUCAAGCUUUGGGAGAAGAUGCAGAAAGAGAAAAAGAAGUCGAAGCUGGAUGAAGGCAGUGUCGUGCAAAUGGAGGACGGAGAGGGCAACGUGAUGCCCGAAAAAGUGUACUAUGAUCUACAAAAGCAAGGGUUGCUGUAA